UUUCAAUGUUAGAGGUUAUGUUUAUUAAAGUUUACUAGAAAUUCAAAUGAAGUCCCUAAAUGGUAUAAUACAAUUUUCUAAAUUAUGGCUGGUAGCACAGAAACGCUUAUACAGUACAAGAAACAUAUUAAAAUUAAGCGAACGUGGACUAUAUAACGAUAUUUUUCCAAAUACUGCAGCGUCAGAAAUAACCAAUUUACUGAAUAAGUCUCCACAAUGUGUCUAUGCUGGUUUUGAUCCUACAGCCAGCAGUUUACAUGUAGGCAAUCUUCUAGUCAUUAUAAAUUUAUUACACUGGCAACGUGGUGGACAUAAUGUAAUUGCAUUGUUGGGUGGUGCAACAGGAUACAUUGGUGACCCCAGUGGGAGGAGCACAGAUCGUGUGGCAUUACAAUCAGGGGUAAUUCAAGAAAAUAUAGCUAGCAUAAAGAAAAAUUUAGAAGUAGUAUUUGAAAAUCAUCACAAAUAUAUUUGGCCAAAACAUGAAGAUGAACUGAAACCCUUAAGGAUAGUAAACAAUGAAACUUGGUACAGAGACAUAAAUUCAAUACAGUUUGUUAGUGACAUUGGACGAAAUUUCCGAAUGGGUACAAUGUUGUUAAAACAGAGUGUGCAAACUAGAAUAAAUUCACAAAUAGGAAUGAGUUUUACUGAGUUUGCAUAUCAAAUUUUCCAGGCUUAUGACUGGCUACAUUUGUUAAAAGAGUAUGAUUGUAGAUUUCAAAUAGGAGGCAGUGACCAGAUGGGAAAUAUAAGUGCAGGUCAUGAACUCAUAAGUAGAACUGCUAAGAAGAAUGUAUAUGUCAUGUUAAUUCUAGGUUUAACAUUACCUCUGGUAACCACUGAAGAGGGUGACAAAUUUGGUAAAUCAGCUGGAAAUGCUAUAUGGUUAGAUCCACAAAAAACAAGCCCAUUCAGUUUGUACCAAUAUUUUGUUAGAACAAAAGAUAGUGAGGUAGAGAGACUGUUAAAACUUUUCACAUUCUACAGUUCUGGAGAAAUAAAAGAUAUAAUGUACAAACACAAACAACAUCCAGAGCAGAGAUAUCCACAGACAUGUUUAGCCGAUCAACUUACUACCUUAGUUCAUGGAGAGGAAGGAUUAGCCAAAGCUUUAAAGACUACAGAUGCCAUUUACAGCAAAGAUGUGAAAUCUCUUGUGGGAUUAAGUCCUGAUGAUUUAGAGCAAAUGUUCCAGGGUGCACCUGUAGUUACACUUAUGUUAUCUCCUGGGAUUACAAUUUUGGAAUUGGGCUUGAAAGCAAAGUGUUUCUCAACAGAAAGUGAUGCUAUGAGGAUCAUCCAAGCAGGUGGUUUUUAUAUAAAUCAUCAAAGAAUGAAAAAAAUUGAUGAAAUUGUGACAGAAUCUGCUCAUAUAUUGCCUAACUUAAUGUCAUUAUUAAGAGUAGGUAAAAGAAAUUAUUAUAUUGUAAAAUGGCAAACAUAAUAAAGGCAGUAUUUUAUUUAAUA